AUGUCACACCAUCUCCUCGUCACCCUCUUCCUUAUUGGUCUAACCGAGGCCGAAGUCUAUGUUGGAUGUUUUUUACCUGGUGUGACUGAAGGCUUGAACGCUGAGUGGCACUUCCUCGGCCCCACUGACGAUUGUCUGAACCGAGAGUAUACCUACCAACUUGAGGCCCUCACCACCGGUGGUGUGACAUUCACCCGACGAUGUGCUUGUUCAGACAAAGCACCAGACUAUCGGCAUAUGGCCGGAGAGAUCUGUCAUCCAGACGCCAUUGAUCUUUACGGUGUCUGGAGAGCAGAUAGUAUCUGGUCAUACGAUGCCUGUUAUCGAUCCCCCGGAUGUCCAGGAGGCUCCGCUCAGCAGAUUGACAACAUAGAAAACUGCUUCUCGAUGUGCUCCGAAAGCCGUUACGCCACCUUGUACUUGACCCGUGUCGGAUUCGAGGCUGAGGGAUAUUUCACCUGCUAUAAUAACUCUAAUCCAUGGAGCGACCUCCCCCUUUCAGGUUGUGCUUACGGAGAUUGGCAACACCGUGACCGUGGGAGAUUAGAUAUCAAAGAGAGGACGGAGCAGGUGUUCUGUCCUCUAGGAAUGACCGCUUGCAAUCUAGCAGAGGCAGAAGGCUACGAGUGUCUCGACACCGGGUUGGAUCCUGAAUCUUGUGGUGGAUGUAUGCAUGGGCAAUAUGGUGUGGUAGACAGUGCUGCAGGGACAGACUGCACCGCAUUGACUGGUACUACGCUGUACAGUGUUAUUUGCAGCUCAGGUCGAUGCGUGAUGACCGACUGUGGCGACGGUUAUGACCUGAUCGAUCAAAGCUGCAAAGAGGCCGAUCGAUAA